GCAGGCAGCAUGCUUAUUGCAGCAGAAUUACAUAAUUAACUGAGAUCUUGAAGUGGGUUGGGGGAGUCCUUGCCACCUAACUUAUCAUGGUUGGGGGGAGGCUGGUGAGAAUUCAGUUUUGAUAAAGACAAUUGUUUUCUCCUCCCCAAGUGACUAUACAUUUAAAUAGCUAAAACAUCUGUUCAGCAACAUAGUAAAACAUGUAUGCUCGGAACGCUUGAGAGAAGAGCCUGCCAAACGAUCGCUUGAGAGGGACUUUGCUGAAGGAGAGCACCAAGAUAAAGCAACCGCUGUUUGUUUUGUCUAGUCAGGGGAAAAGCCAAGGCAACCAGUAUUUUGAAUUUCUUUUAUUUCAUUUGUAAAGGAUUAUUUGAGAAAGGGUGGUGAGGGAGGUUUCCUGACAGGAAAUUUCUUAAGCUGUCCACUGGUAGAAGAGCAAGAGAGCCUUGGAUGUCAACACCUACCAAACUCUUGGGACCAUCUAGCAAAGCAGGAAAAGUGACUUUCUUCCCGAGCGCUCUCUCCAGCCCUUCUGAUGGAAGCAGAAUCGGGCAGCAGCAUGGAGACUGGAAAGGGGACCAACAGAGGCACUCGAAUUGCCCUGGCUGUGUUCAUUGGUGGCACCCUGGUGCUGGGCACAAUCCUCUUUCUAGUGACUCAAGGUUUCUUAAGCUUCCAAGCUAAACAGGAGUACUGCCUGAAGCCAGAAUGCAUCGAAGCUGCUGCUGCCAUAUUGAGUAAAGUAAAUCUGUCUGUGGAUCCUUGUGAUAAUUUCUUCCGGUUCGCUUGUGAUGGCUGGAUAAACAGUAAUCCAAUUCCUGAAGAUAUGCCAAGUUAUGGGGUUUAUCCUUGGCUGAGACACAAUGUUGACCUCAAGUUGAAGGCACUUUUGGAGAAAUCAAUCAGUAGGAGGCGGGACUCUGAAGCCAUACAGAAGGCCAAAAUUCUUUAUUCAUCUUGUAUGAAUGAAAAAGCUAUUGAAAAAGCAGAUGCCAAACCACUGCUCCAUAUCCUGCGGCAUUCACCUUUCCGCUGGCCCGUGCUUGAAGCAAAUAUUGGUCCUGAAGGAGUUUGGUCAGAGAGAAAAUUCAGCCUUUUGCACACACUGGCAACAUUCCGUGGUCAAUACAGCAAUUCUGUCUUCAUUCGUUUGUAUGUGUCCCCUGAUGACAAAGCAUCCAAUGAACACAUCUUGAAGCUGGACCAAGCAACACUCUCCUUAGCUGUACGGGAAGACUACCUUGACAACAGUACAGAAGCCAAGUCUUAUCGAGAAGCCCUUUAUAAAUUCAUGGUGGACACUGCUGUGCUUUUAGGAGCUAACAGCUCCCGAGCAGAACAUGACAUGAAGUCCGUACUUAGACUGGAAAUUAAGAUAGCUGAGAUAAUGAUUCCACAUGAAAACCGAACCAGUGAGGCUAUGUACAACAAAAUGAACAUUUCUGAACUGAAUGCUAUGAUUCCCCAGUUUGACUGGCUGGGCUACAUCAAGAAGGUCAUUGAUACCAGACUGUACCCCCACCUGAAAGACAUUGGCCCCUCUGAAUAUGUGGUGGUCCGUGUUCCGCAGUACUUUAAAGAUCUGUUUAGGAUAUUGGGCUCUGAGAGGAAGAAGACCAUUGCCAACUAUUUGGUGUGGAGAAUGGUUUAUUCCAGAAUUCCAAACCUUAGCAGGCGUUUUCAAUAUAGGUGGCUGGAAUUCUCACGGGUAAUUCAGGGGACCACAACUUUGCUGCCUCAGUGGGAUAAAUGUGUCAAUUUUAUUGAAAGUGCACUUCCUUAUGUUGUCGGAAAAAUGUUUGUGGAUGUACACUUCCAGGAAGAUAAGAAGGAGAUGAUGGAGGAACUGAUUGAAGGCGUUCGCUGGGCCUUCAUUGACAUGCUGGAGAAAGAAAAUGAGUGGAUGGAUGCAGGGACAAAAAGGAAAGCCAAAGAAAAGGCAAGGGCUGUUUUGGCAAAAGUUGGCUAUCCUGAUUUUAUAAUGAAUAAUACUCAUGUUAAUGAAGACCUCAAGGCAGUCAAAUUUUCAGAAUCGGACUACUUUGGCAAUGUCCUGCAAACCCGCAAGUAUUUAGCACAGUCUGAUUUCUUCUGGCUCAGAAAAGCUGUUCCGAAAACAGAGUGGUUUACAAACCCAACAACUGUAAAUGCCUUCUAUAGUGCAUCUACCAACCAGAUCCGAUUUCCAGCAGGAGAGCUACAGAAGCCUUUCUUUUGGGGGACAGAAUAUCCUCGAUCUCUGAGUUAUGGUGCUAUAGGAGUAAUUGUUGGCCAUGAAUUUACACAUGGAUUUGAUAAUAAUGGUAGAAAAUAUGAUAAAAAUGGAAACCUAGAUCCUUGGUGGUCUGUGGACUCAGAAGAAAAGUUUAAAGAUAAAACUAAGUGCAUGAUUAACCAGUAUAGCAACUAUUAUUGGAAGAAAGCUGGCUUAAACGUGAAGGGGAAAAGGACACUGGGAGAAAACAUUGCCGAUAAUGGAGGUCUGAGGGAAGCUUUUAGGGCUUAUAGGAAAUGGAUUAAUGACAGAAGACAGGGAGUUGAAGAGCCUCUCUUACCAGGAAUCUCGUUCACCAACAACCAGCUCUUCUUCCUCAGUUAUGCUCAUGUGAGGUGUAAUUCCUACAGACCAGAAGCUGCCAGAGAACAAGUCCAAAUUGGUGCUCACAGCCCCCCUCAGUUUAGGGUCAAUGGUGCUGUUAGUAACUUCGAAGAAUUUCAGAAAGCUUUUAAUUGUCCACCUAAUUCUACGAUGAACAGAGGUGCAGACUCCUGCAGAUUGUGGUAGCUGCACAUUCGAUUUCUGCCAUCCUGAGACAGCUGCCUGGUUCCAGCAGAGGCAGCACGGAGUAUUCAUCACCCACUACUUUAGGCCUAUAUUCCUUUGAGGACUUUUAUUUUUAGAGUGUGUUCUUUAUUUAGGUAGAUAACUCGCUUGGAUCUAAACAGUAUCUGUUCAGAGUCAUAGGCUUGAAAAUGGGAACACAUGAAAUGAACCAAGUAUGUAUCUUUAGAAAAUCAAACCAACAAAAAAUAAAUCCCAUAGGGGCCUGGGAGAUGGCUCAGUGGA